GUCUCUGCCGCAUUUGAAUUCCAAACGAAACUAUUUGUACAACGCAAAAUGUUUUUCCGUGUUCCCAGCAACAUCCAUCAUCGGCAUUCAGUCAAAACCAUCGCCCGGUUCCUCCUGUGUCUGGCCGUUCUGUCCUUGAGCUUGACCCUGUUGAAAUUAUCCAAUUCCGGCUCUGAAAACGGCCCAAAACGGGGCAGCGCGGAUGACGCAAUGAUGCUGGACUCUUGGUCAUCCGUGUCGCAGUUGCUGGCCUUUUUGGAAUCGAGUCGGAUGACAAACCGAUCGGCCUGUCGUGUCUUCUACGAGUUUGGCGGCGUAGUCAUCAACAAUAGCGACAGGUACAAAGACGGGCAAAAGUCCGUCUGCCUAGACCAGGGACUCGGGCCGGCCAUCAACAAUUGUCUCGUCUACUCGUUCGGAAUAGACAACGAAUGGUCGUUUGACGACGACAUGGCUAAACUCGGAUGCGACGUCUACUCGUUCGAUCCAUCCAUGGAGGAAGUCGAUCACAAUCGCAGCGCUCGAAUUCACUUUUACCAGAUGGGCCUGUGGAAUCGAGACGGUUACAUUUACCUGGACAAGAAACGGCCGGAUGUUGCCUGGAAGGUUCUCACCUUGGAAUCUUUUUACAAUAGAUUUAAAUCGAUUCACGGAGAGCGGGAAAUCGAUUACGUCAAGAUCGACAUCGAAGGUGACGAGUGGACUGUCCUGCCGCAAAUGAUCGACUCGGGGAUACUGGGCAGAGUGAAGCAGCUGGCCAUGGAGGUCCACUUUGACGGAGACGACAGCGUCGACGACAUCCGCCAGCGGAUCGGCCUCUUGCGCUCGCUGGAAAGCCGUCACGGAAUGAUUCCGUUUGAUUACAAGAGCAAUUUGAACAGUAAGGGAUUCGUGCCGGCCGCGCCGGACAAAUACUCGUGCGCCGAAAUCGCCUAUUUCAAUUCAAAAUUCAAAAUGUGAUAUUUUUAAAACUUGAGCACUUUCAUUAAACAAUAUACUUUGAUAACAUGUACAUUUUUUUUAGAGAAUAAACGUUCGACGGGAACUAGAACUACAUAUAUGUCGUAACUUCGAUUUUUUGUCAAAUGUUUCAGUGAUGUAUUCUUGGUGGAUGUCAUUUGUGUAAAUUGACAAUUGGUCUCAUCUCGUUUAUUGCCAUCCUUGUGACAAUUUUCGUUCAUAACACACCUUCAGUUUUCAACAAGAGGAACUUCUACUAGUUCCAUUUAAAUCAACUGGCAAUCACACUGC